UUGUCAAGCUAGUGUCUUCAUUUAAGUCAAAAUCUCUCAAUGGUUGAGCUUUCUUGAAAGGCUCAUGGCAUUUUGUUUAUCUCUUGAUCUAUAACGAAAUGAGUCGGUUUGAAUCUAAAAAGCAUAGUCCAGCGCAAGUGUUCGCUCAGUUUACUUCUUCGGCUGAAAAUGAACGUGCCAAUGAGGGAAUAACCGAAAGUAAACACGAAGGAGCAUUUGAAAACAGACGGGAGAUUCAGAUAACGGAAACUGGAGAGGUCAGUCUUCCUCCAGAUAAAGCAAAGGUCUCGAUUGUGUGUUCCAACACUAAGGAAUCUGUUGAAGAAGUUAAAACCAGUGUAAAUCGCCGAGUGGACUAUGUGCUUCAAACACUGAAAUCUCACCAUAUCAAAGACUUCGAAAUCCAUAAAACUCUGAACAGAACUGAGAAACUAUAUCAAUUGGAAAUUGAAGUCGUUGUAGAGUUUAGUGAUUUUUCUAAGUGUGAACAAGUGUGCAACCUCCUUGUAGAAAAACUUGACGAGACAGUCAGAGUAUCCCGUCCUGUGCUAUAUCACACAGCAAGCAAGCUUGAUUCAUUAAGACGGCAAGCCUGUGUUUGUGCAGUCAGAAAUGCAAAGAACAAAGCACUAGAAGUUGUUCAAAUGUUUAAUCAAUGCCUUGGUCCACCUGUUCUAAUACGGGAAGAACAUUAUGAAGAGUUUGUGGGAAGUCACACUGAACAUGGUGAUAAGGCAGAAGGAGAACUAACUUUUCAGCAGAAGGUUGCUAUAGCAACAGUGACAGUCAUUGUUAAGAUCUUUGUUAUAUUUGAGAUUAGAGAAAAGGCAAAAGCACGUAAAAGAAAGUAAAAGACAUUAGCUAAUGUUAGAGAAAUAUAGUUUUGAAGAGGUUGAGAUAUUUUGACAUUCUUUUUAACUCUGUAGACUUCUUGAAGGAAACUCCUUUUUAAACCAUAUCACACAGUAUUUAUUUCAAUAAACUGCUGCAAUAAAUUAAUAAAACCA